AUGAUUGUCGCCUCUCUUCGGCUUCGGACGCGGACAUUGGAGGGUGGAACGGACCUCUUGAACCCUGCGAUGCUCCAAGCCACACAGCAACUCGUCAUCAUCAACUUUUACGACCGCGCUAUCCGUUCAUCACAUCCGAUGUCUUCAGCGGGCUUGUUUGGUUUCAAACGAUAUACACGAGUACAGGUGUCGAUUAUACCCGCAACUGGACUUGUCGAGCCUCCAAAUCAAAAGUCUGGUCGCCGUGGCACGUCUACGUCAAGAUCUGGCCGCAUCAGACGCGGAUUCGACGCUGUCGGUCAGGCGCGGCCGCCUGGCCGCGCUGUCAGCAGAAAAGGGGUCUUAGCCGCCCGCGUGCAGACAGGCCUGACAAUGACUUGGGACCGGAUGCCAACGCCAUUACAGGGCGGCUUGCCUUCAAGCAUGUCGAAUGUAAAGACGCAGCUCACAGAAUCCGCCGCAUAG